CGCGGCUGGGGCGCCUGAGGAGCGAUGGCGGCGGCCUGAACUCACCUAGCAGCACCGCAGCCCUGAGGGCCUGGCCGCUAUCGGGCGUGUGUGAGCCGACGAUUUGCAAGUCUGGACUGGGCGGUGGCUUCUUGGCUUACUACUAUCUGGUGUAACCUUUGGCUCGAUGGCCAACCAGUGGCUCCUACAGACCGGAUGAAGCAGACUGGAGACAAAAGUGGAGAAAGCCUCCAACUGGCACAUCCUCAGAGUGUAGCCCUCUGGCUGCUGGCCUUGCCCAGCUUGCCACAUGGAGAGGAUGAACUGGCUGAGCAGACUGGCCUCUCGAGGCCCUGGGCACCGUGUGCCUCAAGGGGCCAGUCUGCAGACACCUGUCAUGGCUGAUCCUGAGACCUGCCUCAUGGUGUUCAAGAAUCACUGGUCCCAGGUUGUGCGAAUCCUAGAGCGACAAGGCCCUCGAGCAGCUCCUGGGGGUGCGGAUGACCUCAGCGCUGUGCGCAACCACACUUACCAGAUGUUGACCCUGCUAGCAGAAGAUCGUGCAGUCCCUUCAGCCCCCACAGGCCCAGGGCCCCUGUUGGAGUUUGCUCUGCGUGAGGAUUUGCUGACUCGUGUGUUGGCAUGGCAGCUGCAAUGGGAUGAGCUUGGGGAUGGGGUUGAGGAACGUCGGGCUGAGCAGCUGAAACUUUUUGAGAUGCUAGUGAGUGAAGCUCGCCAGCCACUGUUGCGGCAUGGUCCGGUUCGUGAGGCUCUGCUUAUCCUGCUGGAUGCCUGUGGCCGCCCUGUGCCCAGCAGCCCGGCACUGGAUGAAGGCCUGGUGCUAUUUCUCAGCCAGCUGUGCGUGUGUGUGGCCCAGGAACCGUCAUUACUCGAGUUCUUCCUUCAGCCACCUCCGGAACCUGGAGCUGCGCCCCGACUUCUUCUGUUUUCUCGCCUUGUCCCUUUCGUCCAUCGAGAGGGCACUCUGGGCCAGCAAGCCCGUGAUGCUCUCCUUCUGCUCAUGGCUCUGUCAGCUGGGAGCCCCACCGUGGGCCGCUACAUCGCGGAUCACUCUUACUUCUGCCCGGUGCUGGCCACAGGGCUGAGUGCCCUAUACUCUUCACUGCCCCGAAAGAUAGAAGUGCCAGGAGAUGAUUGGCACUGCCUGCGGCGAGAGGACUGGCUGGGGGUGCCCGCUCUUGCACUCUUUAUGAGUUCUCUAGAGUUCUGCAAUGCAGUCAUUCAGGUGGCUCAUCCCCUGGUACAGAAGCAGCUGGUGGAUUAUAUUCACAAUGGGUUCUUGGUGCCUGUUAUGGGACCUGCCCUGCACAAGACUUCUGUGGAGGAGAUGAUCGCCAGUACUGCCUACCUGGAGCUCUUCCUGCGAAGUAUCUCAGAGCCUGCCUUGCUACGUACUUUCCUGCGAUUCCUGUUGUUACACCGGCAUGACACCCACACCAUCCUUGACACCCUCGUUGCUCGUAUUGGCAGUAACUCCCGGCUCUGCAUGGUCUCUCUGAGUCUCUUCAGAACCCUCCUGAACCUCAGCUGUGAGGAUGUCCUGCUGCAGCUGGUUCUCAGGUAUCUUGUCCCAUGUAACCACGUGAUGCUGAGUCAGAAGCCAGCUGUGCGUGAUGUGGACCUAUAUGGACGAGCAGCUGACAAGUUUCUCUCCCUAAUCCCACGCUGUUGUCGGCACCAUGCCCCCAGCCCACCUCGUCCAGAGCAUGCCUCAUGGGCACGAGGUGGGCCUAGCAGAGAGGCAGGGAGAAGGGAGGACAUCACGGGCCCUGGAAGCCCAAGUAUUGACUCCUCUUCUGUGGUGACCAUGCCUCGGCCCUCCACCCCAUCUCGUCUGGCCCUCUUCCUGCGGCAGCAGAGCCUGGGGGGCUCUGAAUCCCCAGGUCCAGCUCCUCGCUCACCAGGGCUUGCUGCAUCCCCAGCUUCUAGUCCUGGCCGACGGCCUAGCCCUGUGGAGGAGCCUGGUGAGCUGGAAGACAAUUACCUGGAGUAUCUUCGUGAGGCGCGCCGUGGUGUGGACCGCUGUGUGCGAGCCUGCCGAACCUGGUCUGCUCCUUAUGAUGGCGAGCGACCCCCUCCUGAACCCAGUCCUGUUGGCUCCCGGACUAAGAAACGCAGCCUACUGCCUGAGGAGGGCAGAGACAAAGUGGGGAAAGGGGAGGAGGAAGAGCUGGGGAGUAGGGGGCUAAUUGGAGGUACAGGGGAGGGUCCUGGCCAUCUACCCCCACCCCAGCUCAAUGGGGUGCCAGGACCAUGGCCUGAGGGACCCAAGAAGGUUCGUCUGGUACCACAUGCAGUGCCUAAUGAGGGAUCUGGGGAACUUCUAGAGGGCACCUUGGAGGGCAUGGCAGGACUAGAAAGCUUUGGGCAGGAGCUCCGGGAGCUAGAGGUGGCAUUGAGCAAUGGGGGAGCUGUCUCAGAGCCCCCCUUAGAACCUCCACUACCUCUUGAGGAGGAGGCGGCCUACGAGAGCUUCACUUGUCCCCUUGAACCCCCUGGCCCCUUCCUCAGCAGCCCUUUGCGGACUCUAAACCAACUGCCGAGCCAGCCUUUCACUGGCCCCUUCAUGGCUGUGCUCUUUGCCAAACUCGAGAACAUGCUGCAGAACUCCGUCUAUGUCAACUUCCUGCUGACGGGGCUGGUGGCCCAGCUGGCCUGUCAUCCCCAGCCCCUGCUCCGCUCUUUCCUGCUCAACACCAACAUGGUCUUCCAGCCCAGUGUCAAGUCCUUGCUGCAGGUGCUGGGCUCUGUGAAGAAUAAGAUUGAAAGCUUUGCAGCCUCCCAGGAGGACUUCCCAGCACUGCUAUCCAAAGCCAAGAAGUACCUCAUUGCCCGUGGCAAGUUGGACUGGUCUGAGGGUCCUACAACAGGAUCUGCCUCUCGCCGCUCUGAUCCCCUAGUGAAGAGCCGGAGGCCAUCCUUGGGGGAGUUACUCCUGCGGCAUGCACACAGUCCAACCAGGGCCCGGCAGGCGGCACAGUUGGUCCUUCAGCCUGGGAGAGACGGAGCAGGACUUGGCCUAGGUGGGGGCUCCCCUGGGACUUCAACUCCAGUUCUACCCGCCAGGGGCGGGGCCCCUGAGCGCCAAGGUGAGGCUCUGCGAGUCAAGAAUGCUGUCUACUGUGCAGUCAUUUUCCCUGAGUUUCUCAAGGAGUUGGCUGCCAUAUCCCAGGCCCAUGCUGUCACCUCGCCUUUCUUGUUGGAUACUUCAGAGGAGGGAUCUGGCCCUCCCACCUCAGGCUCUGGGCCCCUGAAUCCUUAACUUUCUUCCAUGGACAAUCAGUGCCACAAGUGCUCUGGGCUGGGGCCAGGGCACAGGCUCCUUUUUAUGUUCAGAGGCCAUGGCAAAAGGACUUUUUAAUUUAUUUCAGAUAAAUGUUUUAUGGAGAACUUGUUGCAAUAUGUAUAAAAGGGAAAUCUCUA